CCCACCCUUUUCAUUUGAUGACAGCUGCAGCUCUUUGAGCCCCUAGUUAAUUGGCAGAUGUGCUUUGAUCCUACUUUGUAAUUUUUGAAAGGAUAUUCAGCCCAGCUCCCCAAAGAUGCUGGUGUCCCUGACUGUUGGGAAGGUUGACGCAGGCGUCGCAGUCCUCCUAACCCAAGACAACCGACUUAUUGAGUUUCCAUCCGUCCUCUUGCCUAGCGACAUCACCUCUGGCAGCAUUGUUGAUAUCACUGUAUCGCGAAACCUAGCCGCCGAAGCUUCCAGUGUGUCGGCGUUCCAAUCUCUUCAAAAGCGCAUUCUUCACACCUAUGGGAUCAAUACGCCAUCAGCCCCCGUACUACGACUUAAAAAUGCGACACAGACAUCGCUUGUCCUUGAAUGGGAUCCUAUCAACCUAGCCACAGCCUCGCUCAAGUCCCUAUCCCUGUAUCGCAAUGAUUCUAAGGCAGGAUCUAUCCCUCGACCGUUGGAAAUGCGCAGCACAAAGAUUAGCGGACUUGCCAUUGACACUGAAUACACCUUUCACCUUGUCCUGCGCACGUCCGCCGGCACAUUUAGUUCUCAGAAAUUAGUGUGCCGAACGCACAAAAUGACAGAUCUAUCUGGAAUCACUGUCACUCCGGGUAUUAUGCCGCCAGAGAUGAGAACCUCACUUGAGAACGCGGUCGAACGAAUUGGUGCGAAAAUCGUGGAUUCGAUACAAAUAGACACCACACACUUUGUCUGUACGGAAGGCAGAGGCCCUUCAUGGGAGAAAGCUGUUGAGAUGAACAUUCCAGUUGUGCGACCAGAGUGGGUCGAUGGCUGCGAGCGAGAGGGCACCAUUGUCAGUGUUCGGGGAUAUUACUUAAAUGCGGAUCCGAAAUUGAGGCAGAUAGGGCCUGGUGUCGGUGCUCAUCAAAACCGACAGCAUGCUAUUUUGAAUUCAUCCGGUGGUGCGAGUGUAAAGAGUCAGAACCGCGGGAGUAUAUCUCAAUCGCCGCCUGAACUCAAACCAGAGCACCGUGAGCCUCCAGUAACCCCUUUCCCGGGCGGUCCACAGAAUAAAAUGCCGCACAACGGUACCGAUUCGGACGAAGAUGAACCUCCUCCGGCUCCUCCAAAAGACAACGAAGACAAAAUGCCCACCCCUUCGUCUGAUGCCGAUAAACGUACAGCGGAAGGUAAUGAUGAUGAUGAUGAUAAUAAUGAUACCGAGAAAGUCGAAGAGAAUGGAAUCAGUGAAGUGAUCACCAACGGCAAUGAAGCACCUAAAUCACCUGAGCCCCUGUCCUCAAAGCCGCAGCCAGAAGAGGACCAAGGAAAGCCCCCUGAACCGUCAGACAACCGCCCUGGCUCAGCGAAGGGUAAAGACAGCAGCGCGAAAAGAAACGGAAAUGGGUCAGAAGGAGAAAUGGAUGACGUUCCCUUAUAAAACGACAAUCCAUAGAUUUUUGUUAUCUUCUCUUGUAUCGCUUUCCAACAUUACGCUUUUGAAUCUGAUUUUAUGGGACGUUGUUAUUAACGCAGCGACAUUGGCAAGCUCCUCAGUAUCGUAUUCUUUAAUUUAUCUCUGAUUCGUCCUUUGUUAUUUCUUCUCCGCCUUUGUAUACACAUGUUCCCUUUUUGUUUAUCGAGACCCUGAAUAGCACCUUGUCACAGCAGAUGUAUUAUGAACUCUUAAGCUAUUCUAAUAUACUUAUCUUUGUUUCUGUAUCUAGUGGAAAUGCUAUCGAGAAGUAGACCAACCCCCUGCAUCUGUGCAUUCCCCACUUAUAUAACAUUGCUUUGGUUGAUUACUGAAGCCUUCAGCAUCCUUCUUUGCCCACUCUCUUAGCAACCUCCGUAUAAUCUUUCCGCUAGGCAAUCUUGGUACUGCUUCUAUAAACGUAACUCCACCCAUGAGCUGCUUAUGCUUGGCGACCCGUGCUUUUAUGAAAGCUUGAAUAUCAGCUGGUGCUAUCUUGCGUUGUGCACCGGGUUUCAGGUGCACAUAUGCGCGGGGAUAUUCCUCCUCGUUCCUAAAUUCGACAGGAUGAUUGCUUCGAGUUCUGCGGGAGCGACUUGUAGACCAUUCACCUAUAAGUUCCUGGAUCAAACAUCUCAUUAAUAGAUUAAUUUUUGGAUUCUCCGCGUCAAUCCAAAUUGGUGCAUCGGAUGCAAUUGUGCCUUGGGGAAACAAGUAAGUGAGAAAGUCCGUUUUUGGUAUAUCGAGCGGCGGAAAUUGGGGUGAAAGAGGCAUUUUCAAAUCAGUAUUAUCCCAAAGAAAGAAAUACGGGGAAUUUAAUUCGUGAGUUUUCGAGGUGAUGAAAGACCUGAAGGAGGAACUGUGCCGCUGGCACCGACGAAGAUCGAUCGCUCUUCGACUCACCCAUCCCGAGGCAAACAUGGCUCAGCUCCGGGGAUAUGAUAAUGUCAAAAUGGGGCUCGAACGACCGCCUUUUCAUUAUUUACCAAUCCAGGCUCUCAGCUGAGGAUGCGAGCAUUUCUCCCUAAAUUUUAGUUGAUAGAUUGGGCCAAGUGCUUUGUAGCUGGGUUCCGCCUUGAUGGCAAGGCCGCCAUCAACGAAGAUGUGGAUUUAUACCCGAAUAACCGUAGGGGUCGGCGGAUUCACGCCGCACGGAGGGACUACGUUCCUCAUACCAACAACGGAGGGGUAACUAUCCCCGCAUGAGAACGGGAUAGCCCUUAACCAGAGAAGUUAGAGUCCCAACUUGGCCUAUUGACCUAGCGCAUAAAGCCUUUGCCUUGGACAGGGGUAGCAUUUAGUUUGGAGUAAACUGUAGCAAUGAAUUUCAGAUAUGAUAAAACUUUUCUGUGUACUCCGUAUGGGGGUGGGUGAG